GUACAUCCCAGAGUCAAAUCGGAAGAACUGUACCACAGUUUUCCGGCAGUUGGAUUGCACUGUAUCAAUGCCUAAUAGUUGGAAUUUUCUCUCUUACAUCUUUGCUAAGAAUGAGGACGCUCUAGACAGGAACGCGGGCAACUCAGCUCCGCAUGAAGGACAAAGCAAUGGACUACUUCUUGAUUCCGAUUCGAUUGAUUCAGCAAUUGGAUAUACAGACCAUCCAACGUUUGAACAAACCGCUAUGGCCUCAAAUGCGCUUCCACCCUCAGCACCGCACAGAACAUCGGGAGGUCCUUCCAAUCAAGCAUCUACUUCUAAGAUUUCACGAUCCGGAAAUCUCAACAAACCCCGAAGAGGCGCUUUAGGACUCAGCCUGAUUUGCGAGAGCACUGAACCUACUACGUCGGACAUCGUUUUCGUACACGGAUUGCAAGGAGGCUCCAUUUCAACAUGGACGGCAGCGAAUGGCCAAUGCUGGCCUCGCGACUUCCUACCACGCUCGAUCAAAUCCGCAAGAAUCUUCACCUUCGGCUACAAUGCGGAUAUCUUUUCACGAAACGAUACCGGUAUCGAAGAGUGCGCAAAAAGUCUUCUCAAUGCGCUCGAAGUAAAUCGGAACAGGAAAAAUGGUGCUGAGAAGAGACCCCUCGUUUUCAUCGGACACAGUAUGGGCGGUCUAGUCAUCAAGUCAGCCUUGGUGGAAGCCAAAGAGCGGAAUCAUGCAGUUUGGUCUGCGGCUUGCGAUGGUGGUGUCAUGUUUAUGGCUGUGCCACAUUGUGGUUCCAAAGACGCAGGCUGGGCUGAAAUGCUAGGAAAUAUCGCAAAAGUAGGGGAUCCGUCAAAUACCGAUCUGUUGAAGCAACUCAAGCAGAACUCCGCAUUCCUGUUGGUACUCGGGCAGCGUUUCGGCAAUGUGCAGAAAAGCCUGGAGCUGGCGACCGUCCUUGAAGGCGAGCGCAUUCCGUUUGGCCCGAGAGGUACCAGUAAAGUUGUUCCGGACGAUUCGGCGAGACUGAAUCUCGGCGAAGAUGAAUACAUACAUCUGGGGUCCGAUCAUCAGACAGUUUGCAAGUUUGCGAGUUUUGAAGACAUUCAGUACAAACAAGUGGCAUAUGGCAUCGAAAAACUGACUGUUAGCUCAAGGGCAACUACUGGAUUAGCAAGUAUGUAA